AGAGUUGACGACCCCCGGACACUUAUUAGCUAUUUCGUGGUAUUCAUGCUUGCCUGUUUCAAACUUCGGGCUGAUCACAUAUCCAGUUUCUCAGAGUCGUCGACAUAUCAUCAGAUGAAGUCUCAAAGAAAGAACUCAUUUGUCUGGAGAGAUCUCUCCUUCGAGACAAAGAGCAUGUGGACUGUGCUUGAUUACCUGAGGCUUUAUUGUUACGUCCAUCUGCUGGAUGUUGUACUCAUUCUGAUUCUAAUCACAGGAACUCUUGAGUAUGACAUUCUACAUCUGGGUUAUCUUGCAUUUGCGCUUGUUUUUGCCCGAAUGCGACUGGAAAUACUGAAGAAGAAAAACAAAAUAUUCAGGUUUUUGCGGGUGUACAAUUUUGUUCUCAUCAUCUUUUCUCUCGCAUACCAGUCUCCCUUUGUUGGAAACUUCAAUGAUGGAAAAUGUGAAACAGUUGAUUAUAUAUACGAGGUGAUUGGAUUUUACAAGUAUGACUAUGGAUUUCGAAUCACUGCAAGAUCUGCUCUCGUUGAGAUCAUCAUAUUUAUGCUAGUAUCUCUUCAGUCCUACAUGUUUUCCUCCCAGGAGUUUGAUUAUGUCUCGCGGUAUCUUGAAGCAGAGCAAAUCGGUGCUAUUGUGCGGGAGCAAGAGAAGAAAGCAGCACGGAAGACCGAGCAACUGCAACAAAUUCGUGAGGCUGAGGAAAAAAAACGGCAGCGGAAUUUGCAGGUGGAAAAGAUGAAAUCUGAAAUGCUGAACCUGCGGGUACAGCUUCACAGAAUGAAUUCU